AUGCAGUCAAUAAGUUCAGAUUCUCAGACGCUAAACAACGGACUCCGCGUUGAAUCUUUCUUCAAUACUGCCUCAGAAAACUAUGAAACUGAUACGGAUAGUGAUUCAGGUGCCUUUACGGCCGCCAAUAGACGCCGAAAGUCAAAUAACGACGACGCGCAUCGGCUAUCUACGCCAGAGAUGAUUCGGCAUGCGUUUAAUAUUGCAGUGAUCAAGGUGAGUUUUGCCCUUUAACCGAGCUGUAAGCAGUGAAACGCAGCGAACGAUGAAAAUUCCAAACCACUCUAACACAAUAGUAAUCAGGCAGAAAAUCAUUAGUCGUGUUUUGUUUCUCGACAGAGUUCACUCGUCGUCAAAUUUUCUUUAUCUUUGACAGUGGUUAAACCCCAAACGCGGAGCAUUUGCGUUCUUGUGUUUCUUUGGUUUCCAAAGCAAAGAAAAAAUGUACUUGGCGUAUGUUUUUUGACUACGGAUUUAAUAAUGACACCUGCUUAAAUGAAUGGUCAAAUGUUUGAGAGAUGUGACGCGCUAGAAGCGCGUUAACAAUGCUGUUGCCAUUUUUUAACUUUUAAGAUUCACACUCUUUUAAGUCAGAGUCUUCUCCAACUCUUUUGUGUGUUCUUUUUUUUUUUUCUUUAUUGCCCUUUCUUGCAUUUUAAAACUCAAUAAAACAAUGAAAAGCGUUUUUUUUCGAAAGGGCUUUUCAAUUUCCGCUUCUUAAGUUCAUGAAUUCACAAAAAUAAAGCACGUCAUUAAUUACCAUCUUGCUUUUUUUUUCUCUAGAAUUCAUCAUCCUCAUGGUGUUUCAAUAUUUUAGUCACGUUUUUAUUUUUUAAACAACGAAAAAAAAAAUUGAACUUGUGAACUCAUAAGUAUUUUGUCGUUGGUCUAUUUACAAUAUUCCCUGAACUGUGAAAAAAAAAAAAAUUUCCAUAGCGUUUUGCACCAGCUAUACAACUAUAUUAUUCUGCUUCGCUAGCUUCCUAGCUAAAGCGGCAAGGAUCCUGGCGAAUGUGAAAUUCAAACAGAUGGUAUAUUGAAAAGGUUUGACUAGAAUGCCUUUUGGGCGCAGCCGUGCUGGGCAGCGAUUUAGAAGUUCAAAAGAAAAACAAAAGGACAUAUAAAGUGAAAGACGUUUUUACCCCUACACAGUGACAUAAAAAUAGGAAAUCUAAUUUAAGUUGUAAUUUUUUUGGCGUUAAAUGAACAAUAUAAAGUAGGGAAUCAUAAUUAUUAUUUGCAAUGUAGCUCGCUGUUAUGUUUAUAAUGAGUCAACUAAAUAAUUUGCUUUAAAGAAAUUGUUUUUCCUCGAUGACUGUGACCACUGAAGAAAUAUUGUUGUGUGUUAAAGACAGUGAAUAUUAUUAUUAUUACUGUGAACUCACCCGAAUUAUUUAAAAAAAUUGGAACGACUUCCAGGUGCUGUGAAAAAAACGAAAAACGCAAAAAUCAACCUUAAUUUAGUUUGUAAAACGCAAAUGAGUAGAUUUUCAAAUAUUAUUAUGACUCUUCGACUUCGUAAACCGUUACCUAAUUAGUUAUAGUAAUACUGUACUGAGUGGAGAGCACUGAAUUCAGGGAGUAAUUUCAAAUCGACCAAGCACGUACACGUAGUAAGAAAAAGAUUUAAAAUUACAAGCGUGAUUAACCUGAAUUGUUCUGGACUUGAAGUCAUAACCAAGUAAGUGUGACAAUACAAAAGUGCGAGAAUCUCAGGAUUGGAAUGUUUAUUAAAGUACAAAGUUCUUAUUACAUCAGCUUACAGCUUCUAAAGCAAAAACAUGGCUUGUAAUGUUUGGAGAAGCUAUCGGCAUAUGGAAAUCUAACUGUUGGAACUUUUUUUUAAAUGGUACAAUUUUUAAAAAAAAUAGACUUGUCAAUCCGAAGCUGAAAAACUUGCUCACUGAAGAUUUUUUUUUCAGCGUUGAUUUGCUAGCAUGAACUGAUUUGUUACACCUUAUUGGCUAACAACAUUUGAUACUUGAUUUUCAUUGGCUGUUAAACUGUCCGAUUUGACCUUUCAGCUAGAAAAAUCAGCUUCUUAUCGGACAGGAAAAAUUGGCCACUUCUGGUGUUUGAUCAGCCAAAUUUAGCAAUAAAUAAUCUAAGAGCUGUUAACAUUAGCAUUAAAAUUGCCUCAGAUCCUUUCGGCGUAGUUUGUGGCGUGGGCAUAACAAGCAAACUACCGUAGGUAGGUCGAAAAAAAAGAGUUUAUAGCCUUGAAUAUGCAUAAAAAAGAUUUUCUCAAAUUUAGGCGCCUAAGAGAAUUUUUAAUUUUAAUUGUUGAUCACCUGUGAUAUUGCAUUGACAACCUUAUGCUGAAUUUUGAAUUUCACAUCUGUUCUUAAAUAAAUUAUUUAUUGGCAAAUUUGGUAGUCCAAAUGCAAGAUUAUACUUUAUUAUCUUUUCAAAGAAUCUGAGUAAAUAGUUUUGACUUGGUUACUUUUUCGAUCGACGUCGAGCCAGACAAGCCAAGAUGGCGAAUCCAAGAUGGCGGCGUCAGUGUGAAAUUAAAACGCGAGCAUUGAUUUUAUCAUUAUAUACUUAUAGCUAGGCAAAGUGGCAAUAUUAGAAGUAAUAUUUUAGUGACACUUUUAGCAGCAGAAGUAGAGUGAGCGAUAGAAGUAUAAUAAUAAUUACAUAUAACAAGGUGAUUCUUCUUCUGCUUUCUAAUCUUGAUACCGGUAUUUGCGAGGUAUACGCUUCUUCAAUAUAGUGAACAUUACAUGUCGAUCACCAGCUUUCGCUGGAAUACUUGCAAUUAAUGUAUUUGCCAGCAAACUUCUAUUGCGACGUGAUUCUUUGUAUUUGUAGUUUAUUCUAAUUCCUUAAAGUAUUAACACUUGGGUUGGCUAAUUUUUUUCCUCUGUUCAAAUUUUGAUACUUCCGUUUUGCAACUAGUUAUUUAACAAACUUUAUAUCUAAAAUGCGUAUUCCAAAUUUUAAACAGGACAGACGAUUAAAAAAAAUUUCGCGAAAAAAAAACGUGCUACCGUUUACUCUCCCAGAAUCGCGGACAUUUGCGUAUUUAAAGCCACGCAAAGCAGCCCAAGUGUAUUAGAGCGGAAGCAUAUAUGCUUCUGAUUACAGUCCUAUCAAAUGUACCUACGAUAUUGAUCAGCUCCAAAAGUGUUAAAUGUAUAAACUUUAUUUAAAGAGGGUAACGCUAAACAGUAAACUGACAAACCUGCAGCCCCCUCCACUGACUAGCUACAACGAACAGUUAGAUUUCAAGCUUAUCUGAUAUUUCAUAUCGCACUACCCUGGUGCAGAUCUUUCCGUGUAUUUUAGGUCGUCGAAAGAAAUACCAUUUCUGGGAGACGAGCAAACAGCAAAUUUGACCACACAUUUUAAAAAAAUUUAAUAUCUCCACUGUUAUUUACCCUAGCUUAAAAAGCUAUACCUUUUUGGAAAGGGCAUACAAUAAACUUUCCAAAAAAAAUUAUUUGCCCUCUGGAAGCCCAUAAUACUUCACUGAAAAAAAUUACAAGAUACAUUUUCUCAUAAUUUAUUCAACAAUUCAAAUAUAAAAUGUGAUUUUGCAAUAAUAAUACUUGGACUCAGCUUAAACUUUAAAAGAAAAGUUUUUCUCUAGUUAUCUAGUAAAACAAACCAUCAAUCAGCUAAAACUAUUGAAUGACAUAAAAAGUAAUAUGCACUGAGGAUUUUUGAUUUUAAAUGAAGAGGAAUUCUCAAACUGACGGAUAACUUGCUUUGUCGCAACUUAAAAGUCAACCUAUUUUAAGUUUUCGUUUUAAAACCACUACGAAAUAUAGGGAUUCGAACAUGGUAGCAAAUCCAGACGUGCUUACGCUAAAGGUCACGUGUCUUAUAGCAAACUAUUUUGUAUAUUGUAGAAAACUUUCACCGUACUUAAUACCCAAAACAAUAUUCCUUUCGCAAUGCACAAUUCUUGGCAAAUUAUUACUUUUUCAUUACUGCGAAAUUAACUUCCAGCGAAAAGUAUUAAGAGCAAUAUAUUACUGUAUUAAAAGGCUAAAGCCUUUACAUUAAUUGAAGGAAAGACUCUACGUACUUAAAUCCGUACUCCUAACAUUUCCUUCCUCGCGUACUUGUACGUUUGACUGGCCUAAAGUAAAAUACGCCUAAUGUAGUUUAUAAAGUUCAUAUGUUCACAAAUUAUUAGCAUUUUUUUGAAAUCAUAAAAGUAUUUGAUUUAAGACAUUUCAAAGUAUAGACAAAACAAACAAAUUACGGUGGAGGCGAAUUAUAAAAGAUGAUCAACACAAAAACUACUUAGAAGGUUUGAUCGCAGAAUAAACAAAGAAUUUGUGUUACGAAAUAUAUUGGCGUCCUCUUGUCACAAAUGUUAUUUAUCUUAUUGUUUGCUUUGCUUAUUAAUUUGGAUUCAUCUCGUUUCUUGCAGAGAGCAGUUUUUCCGUUGGUUACUGGGAUCUGAAUGAUCAAAAAGUUUUUUGUCUUUAAGCUAUCUAAGAAAAUUAAUCUGUAAAAAAAGGUUAAAUUCUAAUUUUAUUAUUGAAUGUUUAAAAAAUCUUACUCGGGGAUUAAAAAAAGAUUUCAAUAUGCUAAUUUUGAUCAAGCUAAAGCCCAUUAUGAGAGGAAUAUACAAUUCGAAAAGAAAACAAUUUUUCCUUUUUCUAUUGGACAAAUAUUGAAAAAUGACCCCCAUUGAUUUCUAAAAGUAUUACUUCUAAGCCGACGUGCGGUGAAAAGAUUGUCCAAAACACAAAACGUGUACAUGUUUAUUUUUAAAUCAGCGUUUUGACGCCACGAUGUCAAAGGUUACUCGUACUUAUAUUACGAAAGGAAAAAAAACGAAAUUUUAAUUGUCAGGAAACAGAAUGCCAUAGCCCUUUCCAAUAAGCGCUGGACGAACUCAAACGACGGACCGGCAGUCAUGCGGGAGGACAAUUGGCAGACGUUGGCACACUUCGUACACUUUCGGGUAUUUUGAUUGAGUUAGAAUAAUUUGAUGUAUUUCUUGUGUUUGUUUGCUUCUUGACUUUCUUUUCUAUGCAAGAGCAAUUUAGAAAAUUUAUGGCUCGAGUUACAGUAAACUACUUCGAUUUUAAUGUUUUUCCGUUUUUCAGUGUAAUGACGGCUUAACGCAGCCUGUCAAACUACCUGAACUUUGUCUAGUUAGUAAUAUGCUUAUAUCAGUAGAUACUGCACGAUUAUUAUCUCUUUGGUACGUUGUAUCGCUGAUAAAUGUGAAUGUUAUAAAGCUCAUUAUCAUUAAAGUGUGGUGUGUACGGACUUAACAUUCUUAAUUUUGAACACAAGAACCGUUACAAGACUGAGAUAUAACAAAAGGUCAGUACUUUUCUAAAGAGGAAUUUUUUGAUGAGAGUUUUAUUGUUUGCGGAAUGUGAAUGAAAUAGAGGGCGGCUGUUGAACUCAGGCACAUUUAAUUGUAAAAAUAUGUUUGUAGAUUUUGCUUUAAAUCAUUUUAACAAUUUACGAAAACUGUGAAAAGACGACGACUUUUCGAAUUUAGCAGAAAUCGCUUGAUCAUAAAAUUGUGCUCUCAACUGUGCGUAUCCUUUCAUUUUGAUUCAUGUUCGAUGUUUUAUUCAGCGUGUUUGCCAUUUUAACGAGAUUUGCUUUUAAAAAUCUUUCCAUUUUUUUUCAAAAACUUUUAACGUCUAGUAAAGCCGUACAAUAAACAAAAUUAUAUGGCCGAUCGAGAAAUCGCGGUCUUUUAGAAAAUUCGUAGGUGUACUGUCACUGAAGAAGAAAGCAAAAUUGACUAGCUUCCAAAAAUAAGAUGUAUUGAGUAUUCAAAAGCGUUCUCAUGAAGUAAUUUGCAUUUGAUAAAGACAGAUUGAAAUUAGGGUCAUUAUAGAAAUAACGAAAGGUUAAUAAAGAGUUAUCUUUCUAAUAUACAAGUAACUACUUUAUAAAAGUACUAUUAGAAUCUGAAACGGUUGACAUGAGAUAUUUGUCAGCAACAUUUAGUGUCAGUCUUUCAUCACAAGCUGUUUUUUUGCUUGUUUGCCAAGUUUCUUACUUUUAAGUGAAAAUCGAAACAAAGAUAACAUCCAUGGUGACCAUGGUAUAGAUUUUUAAGAACUUCCGUACUAAAACUGUUGAUUCAAUUCAAAAGGCGUAACAAAAUUACAAUAUGACGGAUCUAAGACGGCGGCUAUUUCGAAUCAAGACGUCAUAAAUUAUGACUUUAUUGUGUCUAAGCUAAGACAUUUUCUGACAUGCUGCAAAAGCUAUUACUCAAAUUUCCACAGCUUAGCUUCAACUUUCUUGAAAUAACAGAGAAGCGCCUUAUCCACUUUCUAAGUCCCAAAGGGGUAGAACAUCUCCAAACCCAAUGUCUGACGUUAACUUGGUUAUGCUGACGAACAGGCAAAUCCUAUGAAGAUGGGAACUUAACAUAGAUCAAGGAAUACUUGAAUUAUUUGAAUGAAUAAAAAAACCAUUAUUGGUUUCGGCUUCGGUAUGAUAUGAAGAAUUAUCCGGCUCUUUUGUAGCGUUAACACAUUAUUUACCGCAGUAUUAUGAUACAUCUAAACACUUGUGACAUCCUACUGGACGCCCAACAUGGCUUCCAUCCUGGGCGCUCAAGAGAAACGCAACUUAUCAAUACAGUAGAGCAUCUAGCCCGGUCAGUAAAUGGCAGAAAUUAGACUGAUCUUUUGAUCUUAGACUUUUCUAAAGCCUUCGACAAAUUAAAGUAGCACACAAACGUCCGUUAGUUAAAUUAGAGUACUACGACAUUCGUGGUCUGACCUUAGCCUGGAUAGAGGCGUGACUAAUAAUCAAGCACAGUGAGGAGUCCCUCAGGGACCCGUGUUGGGUUACUUGUGCUUCUUGUUAUUCUUGAUAGAUAUAGGUCAGAUAUCAAGUUAUUCGCUGACGACGCCAUGCUGUCUGGUCUGGUGCAUAACUUCGACGAUUUAAUCAGUCUCCAAUGCGAUCUGGACAAGGUAUUUUAAUGGGCAAAGUUGUGGCAAAUGGUCUUCGGCCCGUCGAAGUGCUACGUUCUACGAGUUUACAGAAGCAUGAAAGCUUUAAUCCAUCCCUACACCAUGCUUGGCCAAACCCUGCAGUCUGGGACCACCAACCUUAUCUUGGAGUUACUCUAUCAGCGGAUUUGGAAUGGAGGACACUUAUUCUGAACAUUAGAAAUAACACCAAUUCUGCACUUGGCUUUGUCGAGAGGAACUUACAUCGUUGCCCACAGAAGAUUAAAAAACAAGCUUACAAAUCACUAGUGAGACCACCGUUGGAAUAUGGUAGUACCGUAAGGGAUCCGUAUAGAGCAUAUCCGAAAUCAUGUCUUGAACAGGUCCAGCGCAGAGUAGCACACCUCGUACCAAGAACCUACGCGAAUGAGAAAAAAUGCGUAACUAAUGCCUUGAAUCAACUAAAUUGGCCAACUCUCGAAAAAAGAAGACAAGUAGCUAUACUGACGCUGAUGUUACCAACCAGGCCGCUAUUGAUACAACAUCAAUCCUCCAUAAAAACCAGGGCAUCUUAUCCACUGAAAUUUAUUCUACUUGAGCCAUCCUGUGACGCGUACAAAUACAGAUCCUGGCGAGAAUAGUUUGCCAUCUGACUAUUUGACAUUAGUUUCAACUGCAAAAUUUAAAGCCACUAUCUCUGACUGCACUUUUUCAUUGUAAUGUUUGUCCCUUCCUAUUUAUUGUAAAUUUAUUUUUAUUCUAAAUAGUAGCACUUUAGUUUAUCAGUUAAGGAGCUUGCGACUAUGUCUAUAAUAAAUUUUAUAAAGUGUUAUCACUGCAUCACCCUCCAGUAAUUGCUUUUUAUUUCACAGGGUAGAAUCAACCUGCGAUUUAUCAACAGAGACCAUCAUGGCGGCCUUCACAAAGCUGUUCUUAAUGGCAAUGAAUCUGACGUAGAAAACCUUAUAUCUGCUGGAAAAGGUACAAUUAUAUAUGGUUUAAGUUUAGCUGAAAUAAAAUUCCAAACCGGAUUAGAUAUUUUUUGCCUUUCCCGCACGGUUUGAUCAAGUUGGGCAAAAAAAAAGUUGCUCUAAAAACUCACAGGAAAGACAAGCUGCUUGCUUUUGGUGUAGAAAAGAAUGUUUUGGGCUAUUUUGAUUGUCGUUCCGUCCUUUCUCUUUCCUUUUUUUAUCCAUCUAUGCAUACGUCCGUCAGUUAGUUCGUUCGUUCGUUAAUUCAACUAACCGGUCAGUCCGUUGAAAAUCAGUGAAGUGACUGAGUACGUAUACAGUCGUCGGCUCCCUGAACCCUCGACCUAAGCCUUCGUGUCAUCUACUACGGGCCGUAUAAUUACAAGUUUACAAAGGACGAAUGAUGGAAGAAAAAGGCUCAACUUAGCUUCCUUCUAAGGAGACAAUUAGUCACCAGUCAGUCAGUCUCUAACUACAUUAGAAGCUGGCGUGAGCGGACACCACCCUCGGGAAACGAGAAAGGCGUCCGUAACAGGAGUUGGCCGCUUACGUGAAUGUAAAAAUACAGAGUUUGUAUGGCAGUCGAGAAUUAAGAACGGGGUUUUGUGAAGGCGGACGUUAGUAAAGCUGUCCAAUUACGAGAGUGUCCGUUAGGAGAGUUUGCACUGUAGGUCAAUCACUUGGCAGUCAAUGAAAGAAACACUGUUAAAAGAUAGUCUAUCGAAAAGAUUUUAAAAAGGUUGUCGCUCAUUUCUGCCGCAGAUAUAGACGCACAUGAUGAGUACGGUAAAACUCCACUUCACUGCGCAGUUGGAGCUCAAAAGCUGGAUAUUGUACAUUGCCUUCUCCGCUACAGGCCUGAUGUGGAUGCACAUGAUGAUAGGGAUGAUACCCCAUUGCACACUGCUACAAGAACUGGAAACUUAGAUAUUGUGCUGGUUAGUGAUCGCCACAAUCAUUUCUGGGCCUCAGCCGAGACGCCUCGAUCUAUUUCUUUUCUUUCCUACCCUUUCAGCCGUCGUAACAUGCCGGCUCUGAACCCCACAAUGCCCUUUGCAGCUAGUCCUUAUGAUACGAAAUCGGCAUCAUAGAUAGCUUUUCCUGGUUGGUUAUACCAUUUUAAACUUCGUCGCUCGCUCGGUCGCUGCACGACCUGAUGCAUUGAAGCUCGCUUCGCUAACUUUUAGGAACUUAUGAGAGGUCGAAUUGUAGCAAGUCUAUGGGACAAGACAAACAAAGAAAACUACGAUUUGUAACGUCCCAGUGCGUCCUCUGCUCUCCAGCAUGGCGGUUACGUUUAGUACCACGAGAAUAACUGGCUGCCAAGGGCCUAUUCAAGUGUCCCUCGAUAUGAUAAAGGAUGUAGAGUGUUUCCUUUUUCUUCUUUCUCUUUUCACAAAGCGGGUGGUUCUUUAAAUGAAAACAUAAAAAGUGGCGAGUACCUGUCUCACAAGAAGUACCGAAUUUUUUUUGCCAAAACAGCUUCCAUAAACAAGUAGAAACUAACGAUAUAAUAUCCCGACGUUUUAGCAUUAUUAAGUCUCAGAGCACAGAACGUUUGACUUACAGGCUCUAUUGCGUGAAGGUCACGCUAAUCCCAAUGCUGUCGGCAACUCAGGCUGUACUCCACUUCACAUAGCGGCUCAUCUGGAUCACUUGAACAAUGUAUCCAUCUGCAAGCUCUUGGUAUGUAAAAUUCUCCACUUUAGUAACGAGAAGGAAACUCGUCCGAGUUAACUUUCGCCAAGACUUCUGGGACGGUUACUGGGGAUAGGACAGACAAAUUGGCCAAUAGCUGAAUAGCGCGUGCCCAGUAACGAUCCCAGAAGUCUUUGCGAAAGUUAACUGGGUUCAGUUUCCUUCUCAUAGUUUCAAGUGGCGCUGUUACGGUGGUAUGGGCGUUUUGAGCAUCCCCAUUCCCAAAACCUUAGUGAUGUGGGCAUCUCCUUCUCAUAUUACCUUAGCAAUUAGGGUUAGGCUUAGGCUUAGGGUUACAGGCGAAGCCCAUAUAUCACUAGAAUUUUGGGAAUGGGGGUGCCCAAAACGCGGAGAUGAACAUAUCGAAUCACUGUGACAGCGGUUGCAUCAGUUUCUUAAUGAUUUGUUAUCUAAUGAAUCGUAGGCCUUGUUGACACGGUUCAGAACAAUUUUUAAAAACUUGCACAAAUCCAUUUUUCGUUUACGCGGGACCUGUGGAACCUUGCAAGUUUUUGAACAGCAAUGUGUACAAAAUUUUUAUUUCUUCCUGAUCUGAAGUAGGGCAUAAUAUUUCAUCGAUACGGAUCUACUCCUACGCGGCCUCGUGUAAACACCUGAACUGUGCAAGUUUUCGCAUAGUUUGCGUUGUUAAAGCCUGGAGCCAAGUUACGCGUCAUUCAAAUGCUGAUACCGGCAAAAAUGUGCACGGACUCCUGUGAACUGUAUUGUAACAGAAUUUGCACGGUUCCCUAUACACGGCUUGCACAGGUAAAAACUUCGUCCGUUCAAAAAUUUGUCCGCAGCCGUGUAAGCGAUUAUAAACGGUUUCUUAUUACUUUUUCACUACAUGAAUCAUCUUUUUUUACCGCCCUGUUUCAGCACCUUUAGCUGGUGGCCAGAAACUUCAUCUCCGUUCGCCAUUAAAUUCACCCACUUUCCCUUUAUUCUUUCACAGUUACAGUACAACGCCAAGCUUCUGUCACGUGAUCAUAAGGCUAUGACGCCUAUUGCUCAUGCUGCUUUGCACGGCUCUUAUGACGUCAUGGUUUGCCUUUUCCAUUACUGUGAGUUCAUCUGAAAAUUUCAGUUUAUAAUGCGUGUAAACUUCGUCCUUACUGUAGCCAUAUAGUGAUAUGCACUCUAAUACAUUGCCCUCGGCGGUCGUGUUCCAAUAGACUUUCCGGUAUUCUUAUGAAAAAAAAAUCAGCAGCUCAAGUUGAUUUCAAGGACUUCCUGAUGACAAAGUUAGUAUUAAGCUUUCUGUCUUUAGUUUCCCUUUUUCAUUGCCUUGUAUAACAGAAUAUACCUUUCCUCUCAGUCAAAGAAAUUUGAUAAGCAAUGUUUUUUUUCUUUUACCGAACAUCUCUACCAGAGAUCAUAGGGUUAUUCUCAUCUGUACUUGGCCGAGUGCCGGUAGGGGCCGGUAUUCUUGGUGUAUUCUGGGUUUCGUGGAUUGUUUGUUGUUCGUAGGUUUAAUCAUCUUAAGUAGAUCUUAGGUCAGUUACCCUGCGAGCAGAGGCUACAUUUUCGCUGUGUGAGCUGGCGUGCGAAAAGUAGCCACUGCCGACAACCGUUCAAAUCCGUCCAGAAAUCUGGACGAAUGAAUUAAAAAAUGGGUUUUUUCCUGUUCUUGACCGGCUUAGAGCAUUGCGUGAGUCUUGCGUAGGAAAUCAGAGUUGUCGCAAUUUUUUUUGUUACCGGGAAACUCGUGCCAUUUGACGACAGACCAGACGAUUAAGUUUGCUUGCGAAUCGCCGAGACGAAUUUCGCGCAUACACGAUAGAAAAUUGAACGGUUGUCGGCAGAGGCUACUUUUCGCACGCCAGCUCACACAGCGAAACUGUAGCCUCUGCUCUCAGGGUGUAUGUCAGUAAGCUCAAACUGAAUAAUUUAUCCCUGAGUUAUUUUCAGAAAUAAAAAAAUGUCUUCAACAGUUAAAACAGAUAUUGUUAUAACGCAGCUAAAGCCCAAGGUAUACCACGAGAUGACAUUCUCCUCCAUGCAGACAAUACAGACGGCACUUUGCUUCAUCUGGCUGUAGAAAGUGGAGUGGCAAAGGUACAAAAAUUGAUUGGAAACAAACUUCACCUAACUGACAACGCUAUUUUAGACCUCACGUGAUCUCAGAAAUAUCUCCUAAUAACGCCUCUCUUAGGCUAUGUAAAUUUAGGUCAUUUCCGAGCUCCAAAAGCUCUCACUUUCAAAACGAGGCUUUUCAAAAUCUUUCUUGUGAAAAUGAAUUUUAUUUGCAUGCCGGAAUAAAAAAUUGUUUACAUAUCAAUAGCUUCUCACUUAGGGUCUGUUUACAGGGAGGUGGGGGACCCCAGGUAGGUGAGGUAACCCGCUUAGGUGGGGUAACCCGCCUAUCCAUAUAAUCUCCUAUUAUGAUUUGAUCACGUUUACAUGAUAGGUGGGGUGACCUCACCUAUCUGGGGUCCCCCACCGCCAUGUAAACAGGCCUUUAGCCUUGGUCCCUUAGCCUUGCUUUGAAAAAGAGACGGUUUGGGGCAACUCGGAAAUGGCCUAUUGAUUGUGAUAUCAAUGGUGUUGUUAAGCAUGGGUUUUUCUUAAUAUUUUGUUGGAUACUUGCAGCUACAUAAAUAAAUAAACGAUCAAAUGAGUAAGCCUUUAAGAUGAAACUAGCUGAGGGAAAUACGCAUGUUUUGAACUGAUUGCUCAGAUAGUGCGCCAUACUGUAACCUGUGAUGAUACUUUGGCUUAUGAGAGCCAUUCUUCCGCGUAAAUUGCCCUGUUUUAACUUCAAGUUAUUCUUCUCUUUUCGCAGGUUGUAGAGCUUUGUUUGAAGGAAGGAGCAGUGUCCAACUCAGUUAAGGUAUCAUUUCGUUUAUUUUACCUUAUGUGUAGUAGCUAGUUUUCUUAGACAGCAACGUAUAACUAAUGCAAAGUUAUAUACAGCCUGCGUCACAGACGAAACUAAACCUAAAAUAAUGGUUAAGGCUGUCAGCGAGUCAGCGCCGAAAUCCUCGUUAUGGGUACCGGGUUGUGUACUAGGAUUUGAGUACGUGCUAAGAUUGGUCUGUUAAAAAACCAUUGUUCGAUAGGCCAAUCAGGUUGAAAGGAAAUUUGAAGCUCACUUCCGGCAAUUCGUUGUGUCUGGGGGUUCCAGAACUAGAAUCUCAGCGCUGCUUCGCAGGUAUUACUAACCGGGGUUAGAUUACAUCUACAACGCAGGAUACGUUUUACAUAUAGGUAAUCUUUCCUGACGUCAUCCCUUGCAUUUUCCCUUAUUAGCGUCCGACUUAACUCAUAGAAGCCGUGGCCUGGAUAUAUGAACUAAAUGCAAAAGUCGAAGGAGCUAAUUAAGUUGAGCAAUUUGUGCGAUUUUCAGCUCUUUGCAAGCAAUAUUGAAGGAAAUGCCCGGGAGGGGGGGCACUUGGGUAUUUUUUGGGUGGGUAUGUGCCGCCCGGGACUCCAAAUUGGCACCCCGUUCUAAAAGAAAUUUCCCCUUUAAUUGGUACCCUGUUCUAGAAAUGGGCCAAUUUUUUACACCCCGUUCUAGAAUUCGCCCUAAAACUGAUACCCCGUUCUAGAAAUGGGCCAAUUGUUUAUACUCCGUUCGUUCCGUUUGUAAAUUGAAAUAGCCCUGUUUUUUUAAAAAGAUAUUUCUUUCUUUGUUCGACUUAUACAUCAAAUAAAUGCUUCUUCAUAAUCAGCAACAAUUUUAAGCAGAAGAUAAAGCCGCGAUCCACAAUUUUUUAUACCCCGUUCUAGAAAACGCCUCUGAAAUGGAUACCCCGUUCUAAAUCAGGAGCUUCAAAAUCACGACCCCGUUGGGUGGCACAUACCCGUAUAGGUAAUGUAUGGGAGUACCCCCCCUCCCCCGGGAGGAAAUGUCAGCCAUCAAAAACUGCGAAAUUGCGGUUUAGCAAAAAGUUAAUGAGCCAUACAUUCUCUGUAAAAUUUCGAGUUUUUAGAAGAGAAUUUCUCCGAAACCAUUCGGAGUAUUGGGCUCAAAUUUUCAGAGAUAACUGAAACUGUUAUGCCCUUUCAAUAUUUAUAGUUUUUAUUUUGUUAGCGUCAUCAGAUAGUGAUAAGCAUAUGUUAAUGAGGCAAAAAGUGUCAACAAAGAUUCGCCUAUACACACACCACACAAUGUGAGAGCAACAUUGAAAUCGCGUUGAACUGAGUAUGACAGUGAGCUUAGGGGUUACGAAACAAACGCAUAGCCAGGAUGCUUUUCUUCCUGUAACCUAUCGAUGUACAGUGAGCUUAGGGGUUACGAAACAAACGCAUAGCCAGGAUGCUUUUCUUCCUGUAACCUAUCAGUGUAUAUCGAACGUCCAGUUCAAUUUGUCCAUUGCAAUGAAUAUUCAGAGCAAGCGCAGAUUGAUUGGCUAUUAUCCUUUUGUAGUCAUCUGAUGGAAGCACACCAAUCCAUCUGGCUUCCUCAUACGGGUACAUGGACAUCCUGGAUCUUCUCAUGAAGGCUGUUGCGUUCAUUGUGGACCCCCCUCCAGACCAAGAUGGAAUGUUACCUAUUCACAAGUAGGCUGGAUAUAAUCUCAUUUUAAUUUGAUCACGUUUACAUGAUAAGUAGGGUGACCAUGUGAGAGAUUAUAUGGACAGGGGGAUUACCCCACCUAAACAGGUUACCUCACCUCCCUGUGGUCCCCCACCUCCAUGUGAACAGGCUCUAAGUGACUAAGCAUUUUAAUUUUCGACGAAACGGAGGGGUUUAUCACAAAAACAAUAGCAAAAGCGACUUUAGAGUAGGUAAUAUAUUCAAGCGUUUUAUGUAAUCCACCCUUAUUUGUUUUCUCAGAGCUGCUCAAUCAAACCACGCGGAAGUCAUCUCAUAUCUUCUGAGACAGGUACGUAUUGGAGAGAUUAAAUCCCUUUUCAACAAACGGCCUUCCCAUUUCAUUAUAAUUAAACAAAAACAAGUAGCUUCAUGCCAUUUUCAUCGUUAACAAUCAUUUUGGACGCGCAUUUUUCGUGACGUUUACAGUUACCGCCAUACAUGUGAAUUAAAUCCCUUUAUUAUUUGACCGGGGAUCUUAUUUGAAAAUCCUCACGGACUUAUUGAAAUCUCUUUGCUUUGAUUAACUGAGCAAUAAAUUUGUGUGCUUCCUUGCUGAAUUUGGUCUUAUUAAAGUCAUCUUGUCAUCAGUAAUGUUAAGGGCUCAUUCCAUUUAACAUAUUUUCCGUUUACGAUACUUCUUUCGAGACAGCUGAAUGCAUAUGCGUUGAUAGUUAAGGGCUCUCUUGAACUGAUGUGGAUAGCAGAAGAAAAAAUCAAAUACAGAGUGAAACCUUAUCAUUCAAGUCGAUUGAAAACACAAACUGUGAUUUUUUUUUUCCCAAAUGCACAAAAUUGCCCCAUGGAAGGGAAUCCGGAAAAUUUUGGCUUGUUCAAUCUGGAAUCCGAGAACGUUUUGCUCAUGAAAUCCAGAAUCCUGGGCUUUGGAAUCCGGAAUCUCACUAACGAUUGGGAUCCAGAUUCCAAUUUGUUUGACAAAGACUGGAAUCCAGUCCCCGGAAUCCUUAAUCUACGGCGUGGAAUCCAGAAUCCAAGACUGUCUUGGAUCACGAAAGUGCCACUCUUACUUGACGCGCACCUAACUUUUACUGCUUCUUUGUAGGACGUUGAUCAAAUUAACACGACAGACUAUGAGGGGCGGACACCAGUUAUGUUGGCGGCGCAGUGCAACUCAUACGCGACGGCUAAAGUCCUGCUGGAAAAUAACGCUAAUGUUGACGUCAGGGACUCGGAGAACAAAACUGUCUUGCACUACGCUAUCGGAAGCUCCGACAUCGUCAAGGAAAUCUUAAAAGUAAGUGCGAGAGAGCGAGCAGGUGUAUUUUAUCAAAGUUAAAAACACAAGAACUUUUUAAGCAACGUACUUUAAAAAUUGUAAAUUGUUGCGGGCGACAAGAGGAGCCCACAAUCCUAAUCUCCAGGUUGUUAUUACGCAUGCGUCGCAUGUAUGUAGCCAGCAUUCGUUUGGACUCCCACUAAGAAUGAAUGGAAUGCACAGAACACAAUUUGACCAUGCCCGUUCGGACCUUCUAUCACUCGCAACCUGAUCACGGAUGUUGUGACAAUCUAUCACGUGAAACUUACGCAAAGCACAGCGUUUGAGCAAAGGCGUUUUGACCUUCGGUUUAGUCGUCGCCUGCACUCCGUAACCUUUAUUUAUUACUAGUAAAUAUCUUAUUAUCCACUCCCCUGAGGGUUCAGUUUUCAGGGAUGAUUUACAACAUCGGUUCACUUGGGGGGCUUUGCCAGACUGCUUACGGUGCAGUUUACAAAUAAUGAAAGGAUGAGUAAUGAUUCUUCCUGUGUGAGUGUGAAUAUGAGAAAGACCACCACAUCGGAGACUACUUCCCCUACUUUUUACGAAGAGUGUGUGGGUUCUUUAACGUCGUACAAAAUAUAUUUUAACACCUAAUGGCUUCUAUUAUAAACUAUCCCUUUUCUUUUUAUCAGGAUGUCAAAGCUAAUUCUCUCAUUCGAGCCAAGGAUCGACUUGGGAACACCCCUCUUCAUUACGCAGCUUGUAAAGGCUGCGUGAAGGUUAGUUUUAACUCACAUUUUAAAUUUGUCUUGAAGUAAUCAGUUCGGAGUUUAAUGAUCUAUCUGGCAUAUUUUUCAUGUUUGAGUAUCAAUUACAUAUUAGAGUCAUACUACGAAAAACCCACUGACGCUUUCUAGUAAAGCCAGUACGCAGUAACAUAUCAUCUCCCAGCGCAGCCAGAUUAAAACGGCAUUUAUUGCAAGUGUUAUUGACAUAAAAAGAUUUUUUUUUUCCAGGAUGCGUCCAUUAUUUUGAUGAAAUAUAGAGCAGGGGCCACUAUUACAAACGGUGCAGGAGAAACGCCAUUGCACAUUGCAGCAAGGUAUACGAACAGCCUACGUUCGAUAUAUUAAAAUUCUAGCAUGACUCCAAGCCGGCUUUAAGGUAAAAAUUGAGUAAUGCUUUCAAGAGCUUUAUCUUUAAACUAGAGGUGGCAACCGGACCAUUUUUCCUAGCAUUUUCCCCCCAAAUGUAGAUAUAUCUGUUGUUUUUACAAGACCACUAUAUUUGAUUGCUAGGUAUGGCUGUAUGUCCGUUGCUAAAAAAGUGAUGGAAGGGCGCGGCAAGAGAACUGUGAAUGCAAAUGAUGUUUAUGAGAGAACACCGCUUCAUCUCGCAGCACAGGAAGGCCAUGAUGAACUGGUAGAAUUCUUCCUUAAAAAGGGAGCAAAAAUUGACAGGUCAGUAUGAAUUGUCAUCUCAACUUAGACUGAGCUGUUUCAUAAUACUAUGGCUUAGGUGAUUGACUUAUUUUAAUCUUUCGCUUCAUAUGAUGUGCACUAUUUACUUUUACGGUACUGAAUAUGAGCUAAAUUGGUCAGCUUCUCACUGUCUUUAGUACUACUUCUGGCUGGUACACAGUAAAAGGAGGGCGACAUUGGUGUGUGAAAAAUACAUACCGUUGACUUAUUGCUACGUAAUAUCACAAUAAUACUCCAAUAUACGAGUUUUAAUUCAAAAAGCGGUAAUCUCCUUCUCGUUAAUUCCCUAUCACCGUUUUUCUUAUGUUCAUGAAAUUUAUAUUCCAAUAGUUACGCGCUAUUAAAUCAUAUACUGCAUUAAUUCUCUCACUUACCUUUCAGUGAUGUUCAUGGCCAAACGCCUUUACAUUAUGCCGCUCUGCAAGGAUCUAAACGAUCAGCUGAACUGAUCUUGGCCAGCAAGCCGGAAAGCUUAAAUGUUACGGACAAGAUACAGGUACGUAAUAGAUCAAAUUGUAAGAAUACCCAAUGCUGGAAGAACAUUAGCUCUGAAUUCGCGCUCUUGACUUACGGUUUUUUCCUAAUCACUAGUCAGACGAUUAGUACUGGUAUUGCAUGUAUAGAAUAUAGAACCAAAGUGUUGUAUGGUUGAAUUCUAAACUGUAAAUGCAACGGGCAUAUCGCAAAACUCUCGUUGUCCUAAUGUACCUCAAACCCUUUACGGCUAGUCCAAGCGUACGACACAACGACGCAAAACUAUAGAGCGACGACGUGCGUCGUUGGGUUAAAAAUGCGUAUUUCAAAUACUUUAGUGUAAAAACCAGUAGCGCUAACAUUAUAUUAUUAGUCUUGGCCUGCUAAAUCAUCAGUUGUGCUUAUAGCAUGUGUAAAAAUUCUCGGGUUUGUGUUUGCCUCAUAUUCUCCCUCAGUGUGUAAAUUGCACUUUAUUUGCAUUCAUAGGAGCACUCUUUCAUAAAGUUGAAGACAUAAGGGACCGGUCAUUAUUUAGCGGGGGGGUUGGGCUACUAUUUUUGGGGGGAGGGUCAUAAUUUUUUUCAAGCCUUCAGGGGGAGGGUCAUAUUUUUUUUAAUGGUUGAACAUUAUUUAGAACAGCCCACCAUAUGACUUUUUUUGCUCUCAAUAAUCAUUCUAAGCGAACUUAUAGGUUCAGAAAAAGGGAUUAUUUUCCGGCUCGCGCUACGCGCUCUCCACGAUUAUGCUUUGCUUAAUCACACAUCAUCGAAGCGAACUUGACAUUGAUGGUUCAAGAAAAAGGAAAAAUUCUUUCCGGCUCGCGCUCCGCGCACGCCAUGAUUAUGUUCUGCCUAAUCACACAUUCGAAGAAAACUUGACGGUUCAAGAAAAAGGAUUUUUUUUCGGUUCGCGCUACGCGCUCAUCAUGAUAAUUUUGUGUCUAAUCAACACUCUGAGCGAACUUGUUCGCUAACAAUAAAGAAAGGAUUUUUUUUCCGGCUCGCGCUACGCGCUCGCCUUGAUUAUUUUCUGCUUAUAUUACACACUUUGAAAAGGAUCUUUUUUGCUAGAGUUCGAUCUAACUUUUUAUUAACAUUCUAAAGCUGGUAGCUUUCAGGAAACAGAUUUCAUUACGGCCUCGCGCGCCAUCCUUAGUUAUGACUCUAUUGAUCAUGAGGGGCCUUCACUUGAAAAAACUGGCCAAAAAAUAUCAUCAAACACAUACAGUCAGAACGAAUGGCUGUGAAUGGUCAGCCUUCUUUGUUUGAGAGUGAAGAAAUACUGCUUUUCAACUUUUCCAGAAGAUACAAAAUAGUUGCUGGAGAGAGCACAUCUUCUUGUAAAAAAUAUUGUUUUUGUUAAAGAAAAUUAGAUGAAAAUAAAAAAAAGGGAUAGGGGGAGGGUCACAAUUUUUUUCACCCUUCGCUGGGGGAGGGUCAUAAUUUUUUUGUCAUGUUGAAGGGGAGGGUCAUAUUUUUUUUCAACCACUUUUCGAAAAAAUAGUAGCCCUACCCCCCCGGUAAAUAAUGUCCGGUCCCUAAUCAAUACCUAGAGAACUGUUUGUUUCUUUGUAUUUUUUCUUUUUUGACUGACGGCUUGGUUAUCAGUUUAGCCGAAUAAAGAUUGAUUUCUUUGGAUUUGUUUGUUAGUGUCAGUUAUCAGUUUUAAUCGCUUGCAAAAAUGCAAAAGCCAAAAACUGUCUUUUCGGAAGGUCUGUACGAACUACUCUGCGCACUUACUUAUUGCAGUUGAAUUAAUUUCACUUUUAUUUUUCUCUUAGAACACAGCUCUCCACAUGGCAGCCAAAGGAGGUCAUGCUGAAAUCCUAAAAUACCUUCUCUCUAAACCAGAACAGCUGGUUUCAGUAAACGAGAGAAACCAGAAUAUCUUGGAUAUUGCUAUCGAGGCACGGCAGGAAGCCGUAGCGUUGGCGAUAGUAGAACACAAAAGGUGGGAAAGAAAUUUAUUUUCAAACAGUACCUUUGAAGACUGAUUUUAUAGAGAGACCAGCUUCUGUUUGCGACUUGUAUACGUGGUUUCCUAAAUUGACGCUAUUGAGACUAAAACCUCACCUCUCCUGUUAUUAGAAAACGUGCCAAUGAAACGUAAAUUAAUAAAAUAGGUUUGGGAAAAUAAUCCGAACGUUAAAUGUAUUUUACGUGACUUCACGUCAUCGCUACUCCUAAAGGUCUCCAUCUUGAAUCCACCAUAAUUGAAUUUAACCCGCCACUUUCGAAAAUCAGGACAAAUUCAAUAAAAAAAUUCAAGGUGCUAAAACAAUUUCAGCAGUCUUGAUGUUAAUUUUCAUGUAGAGUUUCAAGAGACCACUAAAUUAGCAAACAAAAGAAAAUCUGGAUUUGCCGCCGUCUCCGACCAACAACGAUUAGGAGCUUUUAAUGCAAUGACAACGGCUACGGCUACGAAAACGUCAGUAAAAAAGUUUGUUCGCGCUGGUUCAAACUUCAUCGCGUUUAUUCCAUCUCGUUAAAUUCGUCAAAUGUUGGCGAAUUUGUCUGGAUUUAGAUUCUAAUUAAAGGACUGUGUCAAAGUUCAGGAAAAGCAAAAGACGGUUGUUGUCUUGUGUUCACGUCCUCCACAAAACGUGAGAUCAGGCAUUUUCACGUCGUAGCCGUGCAACGACGGCAAGGAAAUGAACAAAAAAGCGUGAUGUACGUGCAAAAUUGUUGUUUUUGCCAAUCUGAACUAAUUGCUUUUUUGCCGUUCUCGUUGCCGUCGCCGUUGUCGUUGCCUAAGCUCCCUUUUGCUCAAAAGUGACUUCAAGUCUCACUGGUAAUAAGGCGGCCAUGGCCUAUUAUCGAUCACUUUUUUUAAGCACCUAAAACGAACAAGUACAAACGUUUGUAGAUAUUUUCACGCGAUGUGAAAUCUUGUAUUCUAGAUGGAAGGAAGUUCUUCGCACCACCACACAUGGUUCGCAUACUCAGAUUCAGCUUCUUGUCCAGCACAUGCCGGAAGUAGCAAAGGUAUAUGGCUCGACUUAACUUUAAAUUUGACAAACCAUUUACGUUAGUCAAUUGAUAAAAGCGUUUCCCCUUGCUUGCUUAUGUUGGUCUUAAAGCUGAUUUCUGCUUUCACGUUCAUGGGCUUUUACUUGCGUAAAUAAAGUACAGGUAACGUAUGGAAGGUCGUGCGUAAGCGUAAAAGUUGAACCUCACUCAACUUUACCGGCAGCCUUUCGUGCAUCACCUCUGUCAUUAGUUACGCACGUAAAAGUUGUCCGACUGACGAGUGUGGAAAUCUACUCUAACUCAUCAAUAAGAAAGAAGCUACAGAAACCGUUUCAUUUGGAUAUUUCAUUCAGAAGAUGCGAGCAUAGAUGAAUUAAUCAUAAAUUGAAUAAACAAAACGGUCUUUUAAACGUACCUGACAACUUCGGAGAAUUUUCUGAUACUUCAUUUGUUAAAUUUAGGUGGGAUGAAACAAAGUAAUUGAAUUACGUUUUACGUUCAAAUCACUAGCAGUUACAAAACUUGUGCUGCAAAGUUUUAGCUUCUUAGGUUAAAACUUCCGCGGCCAACACAAUUGUAGAGGAAUUCACAGGAAUGACUUUUUUGUCUGUUUAACAAUGUUGAGAAUCAAAUGCAGCCUUUAAUUAACUGCUGUUAUAAUUGAUAUACCGUAAAAUUCCGAAAAUAAGCCCCGGGGCUUAUAUUUUUCAAAGGCCCUUUUUGAGGGGCUUAUUUUUGGAGGGGCUUAUAUUCGGAGGGGCUUAUCUACGGAAGGAAAUUUGCGUUUCAAAAUAGAUUGGGCUAGCCUUAUUGUUGGAAGUAAAUUUACCAUUUUUGCUUUGUUUUACUUUGUAUCUGAGGGCAAUUUUCCAAGUACAAGCCCCUGGGGGGCUUAUAUUUGGAGGGGCGAUUUAACGGACGGUUUUUUGCGUUACCGCAUUGGGGGCCCUAUAUUUGGAGGGGCUUAUAGAUGGAGGGGCUUAUUUUCGGAAUUUUACGGUAACAGAUUAUUCCGUCGAUCCGCGAAAGCACGGAUUUAAACUUUAUUGCAAUUUUUGAGCAGUUAAAAGCCUCACCUGAUUUUAAAUAUUGUCAGGAGAAUUGGCCCCUGAUAUUGACAUUUCCAAAUAUAUAUGCGGCUGAAGGACAACAUCUAAGUUUAUUUUGGUUUUUUGUCUUCACUAUUUUCUGCAGAAAUUUCUCGAUCGCUGUAUUGUCGAAGAGGGUGACCCAGAAGAUGAAGAUUACAAGGUAACUUCAUUACAGGAAACACUUUCAAGCCUUUUAGAACAGGCAGCCCAAACGGCAAUGAUGGGAAAUCUGUAUUGCACGUAACGAAGCAUAUCUUCUCAAUAUUUUUCUCUGAUGGAAUUUAAAGACGGCAAACUUUUCACGCGGAAAAUUUAACAAAACACAAAUCCCUCUUAUUUUCUCUAAUUCCAAUGUAAACUCUUUAAAUUUGCCAGAAGUAUUUGAUCUUUAGGAGUAACCACGAGACAGGCUUCAAUUUCGAUUGUUAUUCCGCCUGGUAUAUUAUAUUAGCAGGAAUCCCCCGUAACAUCCCUAAACAUCGGACGUAUUUUCGUAUCCGAUUCUUCACCCAAAUCCCAAAUUCUCAGCUAAUUGCUCGUACCCAGGCUUCUCGCGCGUUAAGUUUAGGCUGCAUUCCGCUGAAGUGGAAUGCAGUAACGCGUUAUAAUAUAAAUAUAUCUUAAAGACCUGUGUUUGUUUAAUAAUUCUGUUGUUGUAAAUGUCAUUCAGGUUUCAUACGAUCUUCGCUUCAUUCAAGGCAUGCCGGAUGAAAAACGAAAAGAAAAAAACGCGAAAGAGUCACUGAGUGCUCUUCAUGUAAGAUAUAAUUAGUUAUCUUUUCACUUCAUACUUUUCCACUCCAUGGAAAAGAAAUAUUUAGCUCAAACGCCGUAAAAUAUUAUCUUGCAACAUAUUCUUUUGAAAAUCCACUUCAUGAUUUGCUGGUACGAUUCUACAUAGUUAUCAUUUCACCACUCUACUGGAGGAUCGACCGGAGGCGGGGGCGCCUUUCCUUUUUUUUCUUUUUUCGUUGCUUUGCUCAGUUUUUGGGUACUCGAGUAAGACUCUGUAUCAAUCAAGUGAGGUUUUUGUGGAGUAUAUGCUGCUUGUUGUUGAAAUAUAGUUUCGAACCCAGGCCUAAUAUCCGUGCCCUUGGGACAGGGGGCUCAGUUAUGACCUUCGGUUUGUCGAUAAACAGAUGCUCGCCCUCAAAGAACCAUUUUGACGAGAAAAAGCACGAUUGAAUAGCCCAGAAGUUCGGGCUUCGACGACCUCAAAGGCUUUUUGCGAUUCAGGCCGAACCUCCUUUUCCCCUUCUCGCUCAUAAAGACAAAAGGAGGCUCUACUCGAUCGCAGGGUGGAUACCUCUAAUUUGAAUCAGACCAGGUCUGGACUCUGCCACUGUACACCCGCAGCUAAUCCAAAACCAGACAAAUUCUAUUUAUUUUAACUUGCACUGACAGUUUACUAUAUAUACUCAUGCAUUCACCGCCAAUAAAUAAGCGAUGAUUAUUUGUACAUAUUGGAUAGUCCUUACAGUCAAACCGGGAAAACCGUGGACACCAGAAAUAUUUCUGGAAUGUUAUUGUCUUGCAAGAGAAAAGCCAAUCAGGCAUGAGAAAACUAAACUGGAAGCAAGAACAUUAGUUUGUGGUUUUGUGGCUAGUUCGCGUGUCCUGAUCUCUGCUGUGAUUGGUCAUAACACAAUAAACAUUCCUAAGAUAUUUCAAAAGUUCACUGUUUUCCUAAGCUCGAUUACCAGCCGCUGUUCGGGAAAUAAGCCCGCGCUCCUCUCUCGGGGAGGGCCAAGAGAGCGGCGGAAAUCAAGCCUACAGUUUUUCCGGUCGCACUGUAAUCAUUUUAGUCAAUGUGAAAAGAAUAAGCUUGAUUAAUUGAAAGAGAAUAAUUAUGUUUUCUGUUUCUCGGCAGACAAUGGUGAAGUACCAGCGUCUUCAGUGUCUUACACACACUCUUUGCUCUGUUCUCAUGGAUAUUAAGUGG